CGUGAAUUGUGAUCCACUGCUGCUAAUGAAAUUUCAAUUCAUGCUUAUUCAAAUUUGUUAUAUUUAGUGAAAAUCUGUCGCAAAGGAAGUUGUAUACAUUUUCUACUAACUAUGUCGGUAACUCUACACACAGAUGUUGGUGAUAUAAAAAUUGAAGUAUUCUGUGAAGAAUGUCCAAAAACUGCAGAGAACUUCUUGGCAUUAUGUGCCAGUGACUAUUACAAUGGGUGUUUGUUUCACCGUAACAUAAAAGGAUUCAUUGUACAAACUGGUGAUCCAACACAUACGGGUAAAGGAGGUUCAUCAAUUUGGGGUCGAAAGUUUGAAGAUGAGUUCAAAGAAAAUUUGAAACAUAAAGAACGAGGGACUUUAUCAAUGGCUAAUAAUGGGCCUAACACUAAUAGUAGCCAAUUUUUCUUGACGUAUGCCGCUCAACCCAAUCUGGAUUUAAAAUAUACAGUUUUUGGAAGGGUGAUCGAUGGAUUUGAAGCUUUAGAUGAACUAGAAAAACUUCCAGUUAAUUCAAAAAAUUUUAAACCAUUGACUGAUGUGAAAAUACAAUAUGUUUCCAUUCAUGCAAAUCCUUUGGCAACAUGAAUAUUUUAUUUAAAAAAAUCUAAUAAUUAAAGUGUAAUUAUCAAUACAAUUAUUUUUAAUACAAAUUUUGUAAGUGAAGUUGUUACAAUAAACUGCAUGGACUGAUAAAUAAAU